AUGGCGGGCGUCACCGAGGAACAGGUGAAAGUAUCGGGCCUGGUUCUUUCGAUCCUAUCUGUCCUUGUUGCCGUCUGGAGGUUGGGUUACCGAUGUUACCUGAAACGAAUGUGGUGGGACGAUGUACCGGUGGCGUUCGCAGCAACGGUCCAACUACUUCAGCUCAUCUUCACUCAAAUUCGAUAUGAUCCCCAGAAGUAUAGCGAAGGUGUUCUCAUUGCAGGCUAUUAUAUAGGGGCACUGGCGUGCCUUGCAGUUGUCUGGGCAUCGCGAAUAUCAAUCUUGCUCAUUGUCGUACGCCUCAGCAUUCACCGCAAUACUCGAAGAGUCCUCACCGGCGUCGUGGCUGUGUAUGUCGUCGUCUGCAUUAUCUUGAUGGCGCAAGAGGUCUGGACGUGCGAGGAAAAAUCUUCGACAUGGAAGGGGCUCAUGCCACCGCAGUGUCCCCUGGGUUUAGACGUCGCCACAGCACAGAUAAUCUGUGAUGUCCUCUCGGAUGCUAUCCUCAUUGCCGCCCCAUUUCGUUUGAUAUACCACGUCAAGCUCUCGAAGGCACAGAAAAUUCGUGUGAUGACCGUAUUUUCUGCGUCGGCAGCAACCACGGCCGUCAGUAUCUGCCAUGCAUAUUACUUGAUACGACCUCACGGGAUAGAUGACAUAUUGGUUGGUAUUAUCGAGAUGUCCGUCAGCUUGAUUGUCGCAAACCUAAGCGUCAUCAUGGCUUUUGUCUACCACGCAGGCUGGGAAAGUAGCGCCGACAACGGCUCAGAGCCUGUGCACAUCCGGACUGGUAGAAGAACAAGACGUGGCCAAGACUCUUCACAAACAAUGACAGGCCCUAUACAAAUUGAGAUAGCAAUGGAAACAUACGCAGAGCAUCCAGUCAAGCUAGGAGACACUCAGGAGGACCCCAUUCAGCACAACUCGGAAGAUACCAAAUUCCCGGACUGUGAGUAG